AUGCCUCGUCGAACAUGGCCCAACAUUGUAUUGACAGGCACACCAGGAGUAGGCAAAUCGACUCACGCAACGCAACUCCACGCUCGUCUUCCAGCUCUGGAACAGAUCGACGUGACCUCUCUAUGCAAAUCCCACCAUUUCACCCUGAAUUACGACGAGGAGUGGGAUACGUUUGAGGUGGAUGAAGACAAGUUGUUGGAUUGCUUGGAGGAAAAGUGUGGCUUUGAGCCUGUGGAGGUGGAGGGGGAGGGGGAGGGGGAGGAUGGUGGGAAUGUGCAAGAGGAUGAGAAGGAGAAGGAGAGGAAUGGAGGAACGAUCUUGGAUUGGCAUACUUGCGAUGCUUAUCCCGAAAGAUGGGUCGAUCUCGUCGUCGUCCUCACAUGCGACCAUGCCAUCCUCUGGAAAAGGCUCGAAAAGCGGUGAGUAACGUGUGUCGUGUGUCGUGUCGUGCCGUACAUUGCACGUCUGAGAAUUAGAAGAAUGCUGCGGGCAAGCGGAUGUCGCGCUGUCAAGGCGCAGCCUGCGAUGCGAAUCGCACAAAGUUGCGCCUUCAGACCAAAAGGGCUGUUCGUCCGCGCCCAUGCGCCCCGCCGCGCCCCGCCGCGCCCCAAAUGUCUCAGCAGUCCGACAAUUCUUGUGCAACCCGACGCUGAUUAGGCGUGCGCGCACGACUCAAACGCGUCGCAUCUCCUCUCUUUGCCCCCCUGCUCCAGCAAUUAUCCCUUGGCCAAGAUCCAAGAGAACAACAGCGCGGAAAUCAUGCAAGUCGUGCUUUCCGAAGCUCACGAAGCUUACGAUGAGCAGAUCGUCGUUGCGCUCAAGAGCGAGAAUGCGGAGCAGGUAGAGGAGAAUGUGGAGCGCAUCGUAGCUUGGGUCGAUGCUUGGAGGAGACAGAGGGGUUUGUCUGGUGUUUGA